GGAAUAAUGAUAUAAUAGCAGUAGAUUGACAUCCUAUAAUUUAAAAGCCGGACUUGGUGUCUUUUCUGGGCUGGGCUCUGGAUUUAUUUAGGUUAUUUUUUGUGCUAACACAAAUCACUUCCUUUUCUGUCCACCACAAAUUUCUGUUGUGUCUAUAAGAAGACUGGUACAACUUAUUGUUUAUUUGUGAUCAUUUUUCUUACAGCUGAUUUGGCACAAAGGUUUUCUUGGAGAAAAAGUGCGUGAUUGAAGGAUGGCAGAAGCAGUCUUGAUUGAUCUUUUUGGUUUAAAACUGAACUCACAGAAAAACUGCCAUCAGACAUUACUGAAGACAUUGAAUGGUAUUCACCACCACCAUGCCCCCAAGGCCAAGUUCCUUUGCAUAAUGCGUUGCAGUAAUGUCACCAAAGAAGGGGAUGGUGAACAAGAUCUUGGUGACUGGGAAGCAGGAAAUGGAUUUUCACUUCUCAUGAGAGAAUUUGAGACUGUUAGUAACCCCAGUGUGGCUGCCUGUUUGUAUACAAUUAAACAAAAAAUUGACGAAAAAAAUCUGAGCCACAUCAAGGUGAUUGUACCCGAGCACAGGAAAAUGUUAAUGAAGGCUUUUAUCGAUCACCUCUUCACUAAGGUUUAUGAUUUUGAGUUUGAAGAUUUACAGGUAGCUUGGAGAGAGAACCUGUCGAAACCAUCCCCUGAAGUUAACGCACCCACAACUCAUCAACUGGAAGAAAUCCAGGGUGAAAUAGAAACAUACUUGAGAAGCCUGCCAGCUCUGAAAGGGGACUUAACUAUUAUCACAUCUCCUCUGAUUCCAGAUACCUUCAUACAUGGAUUUACCACAAGGACAGGUGGCAUAUCUUAUAUACCCACUCUUAGCUCCCUCAAUCUUUUCAGUAGUUCCAAACGCAGAGAUCCCAAGGCAGUUGUUCAAGAAAAUCUCCGUAGGUUGGCGAAGGCUGCAGGAUUUAAUGCGGAGAAAUUUUACCGCAUAAAGACCGACCACGCCAAUGGAGUGUGGGUGAUGGGGAGGAAGGAGCCUGAGUCUUACGAUGGAAUAAUCACCAACCAGAGGGGAGUCACAAUCACAGCCCUCGGCGCUGACUGCAUACCGAUCAUCUUUGCAGAUCCUGCCAAGAAAGCAUGUGGGGUUGCUCACUCUGGCUGGAAAGGUACCUUGUUGGGUGUAGCCAUGGCUACUGUGAAUGCUAUGGUAGCAGAAUAUGGCUGUAAUUUGGAAGACAUUAUUGUCAUUCUGGGACCUUCAGUAGGACCUUGCUGUUUUACUCUUCCCAGAGAAUCAGCGACCUCAUUUCACAAUCUUCAUCCUUCAUGUGUGCGACAGUUUGACUCAAUGAAUCCCUACGUUGACAUCCGAAAAGCUACCAGGAUUCUUCUAGAACGAGGAGGAAUUCUUCCACAGAAUAUUCAAGACCAGAAGGGAGAUCUUGACCUCUGCACAUCCUGCCAUCCUGAUAAGUUUUUCUCCCAUGUUCGGGAUGGCCUUAACUUCGGGACGCAGACUGGCUUCAUAUCCAUCAGAGAAUGAGGUUCUUGACUGGAACUUUGCGUCACCGUUUCCCGCAUCCUUCCCCACUGCUUGCCAAAGAAACUUUUGUAAACCAAGAGGAUCACAAAAGAUAAUUCAUCGUUAGGGUAUACUUUCACUGUUACCCACAGCCAGAUGAUCUUGGUUUAAUUCCUAUGACAACUGAGGAGAGAAUCAAUGUGAUAUUAUUCCUCAAGUUAGUUCUUUGUAUUUAUCUAUAAAUCAAGACCAGGUCUGUUUAGUUCAGUAUUUGUUGGAUGCCAACUUUUUUUAGGGAUGAGACUUAGCACAGUGAAUCAAAAUAAAGGCAACUUUUCCAUUUGAGUCAAAUGCAGUAGGAGAGAUAAUCACUUCUUUCUGAAUAUAUUUUUUAAUUGCCUUACGAAAGAGUAGAUUUCAUUUAUGGCAUUUUCAAACAUCAUGUUCUUGCUGAUCCUUCCCUCCCCCUCUCCCCGUGUCCCUUUCCACUCCCAGUAUCCCUUCUUUCAUGUCAGUGUGUUCUAUUACCCACUUCCUUGCUCACCCCUCUUUUCCCCUUAUCUUCCCUUUCUAGGUUCAACAUCUAUAACCAAACUUACACCUACAUAUAUACAUAUAUAUGCAUAUACAUGUAUGUGUAUGUAAGCAUAAACAUUAAAGGUUUCAUAUAUGAGAGAGAACACAUAAUGUUUGUUAUUCUGAGUCUGGAUUAUUUUGUUCAGCAUAAUAAUUCCAGAUCCAUCAAUUUUCCUAUAAAUUUGAUAAUUUCAUUGUGGUUAAAUAAAAUAGUGUAUGUACUGUAUUUUUGUUACCCAUUCGUUGAUGAACAUCUAGGCUAAUUUCAAUUCCUUGCUGUUGUGACUAGAACAGCAAUAAAUGUGCAUCUUUAAGUAUCUUUGUGGCAGGAUAUGGAGUCUUGGGUAUAUGCGCAGAAGCAGAAUAGUUGGGUCAUAAGGCUAUUCUGGUUUUGUUUGUUUUUAAAAAUAUAUUAUUCUGAGAAUUUAAUUCACAUAUACUGUGAAAUAUGAUCGUAACCAUCCUUCAUUUCCCCUCCAGCUCUUCCUCAGAUUUUCCCAGCAUGUCCCCUUCCCAGCUUCAUGUCCUCACUGUUGAUUUUUUGACCCCUCCGUGCUAAUGUCGAUAAUGGCUGUUGCAGCUUCCACUCCUACCGGCAGUGAAAACGGGUUCAGCUUUCACCACAUCCUCAACGGCAUUUGUUGGCAUUUUUCUUUUGAUAUUUUAUUUACUUACUUCUAAGUGUAUCGGUAUUUUCCCUGCAUAUAGUCUGCACACCACACGCGUGCAGUGACCAGAGAGGCCAGAAGAGAAUCUCUGUCCCCUGAGACUCGAGUUACAGAGGAGCUGUCCUGUGGGUGCUGGGACUCAAACUGAGACCGUCUGGAAGAGCAGCCGGUGAUCUCAGCCAUCUCUCCAGCUUCGUCAUUUUUUUUCUCUUGGGAGUAGAGAUUCUGACUAUUGCUAGGUAGAAUCUGAAAGUAGUUUAACUUUGAAGUCUGAUGGCUAAAGGUGUUGGAUGCAUUUUCAAUACAGAUCUGGACCUUUGUGGUUCUUUCGAGAACCAUCUGUUCAUUUCAUGCGCUCGUUUAUCGACAGGCAGAUUUAUUGUUUAGUUUGAAGGUUUUUGUAUGUUCUGGGUACUAAGCCCCUGUUUGAAGUUUAGCUAGCAAAGAUUCCGCACUGCUGAUAGUUCCUUUUGCUGUGCAAAAUCGGUUUUACUUUAUGUAAUCCAUUUGCAAAUUUUUGUGCUGUUAGAGUCCUAUUUUAAAACUUCUUCUAUAUGCUGAUUUCUCAGAAUGUUUCCCUCUAGCAGUAUCAGAAUUUCCGGUUAGGGCCUUUGGUCCACAGGAAGAGUUUGGUAGUAAUCCUGCUCUUUCUGUCUUGUGGGAAGCUUUGCAAUGUGGCUGCUAGAUCUUCCUAAAGAGACUGGUAGAAUUUAGCAGUGAAUCCACGUGGUCCUGGUCUUUCCUUUGUGGGAGAUUUAAUUAGCACUUGGAUCUCUUGCUUAUUAUAUGUCUAUUUAAAUAGUUCAUAUCUACUGGAUUUAUUUUUGAUACGUUAUUAUAAACCUUCUUCUUAGGAAGCCCUUGACCAUACCCUAGAGGGUCUGAUAGAUUGUGCUAUCAUUUUGCGUUUGAUCCUAGGAAUGUUUUAAAGUUCCUCUAUGACUUUUUCCCCCAUGAUUCACUAUUUAGUCUCCAAGCAUUUGUGUAGUUUCUGAAUUUCUCUUGAUGAUUUUUAAUUUUAUUAUGCUGUGGUCUUAUAAGAUACAAGGGUCAACUUCUUUCUUUCUUUCUUAUUUUAUUUUUUUGUAUUUGCUGAGGUUUGCUUUAUGGUAAAUUUUAGAGAGUGUUCAAUCCUUGUUCUGCUAAGUGUGUGUUCACUAUCUGUUGGAUGGACAACACUUAAUUCCAGUUGAUCUGUGGUAUAAUUUAGUUUUGAAGUUUCUUUGCUGGUUUUAGGUUGGAAGACCCCCACCUAAAUCAGAGAGUGCCAUUUCAACAUCUAUCAUCAUUAUCGUGUCAGAAUCUGUGUGACAUUCUAUGUCUUUCAGUGUUUGUCUUAUCAGACGUGUAGUCCUAAUACUCAAUGAAUAAUAUUUCCAGCUGUUAUAUCUCCCUGAGGAGCUGUUCCUUUGUUAAUAGGUAGUGGCCCUCUUUAUCUCUUCUACGUAGUUUUGGUUUGAAAUCUACCUCAUCGGGUACAAAAAUUGCUACAUAGCAUGUACACAGUUUCCAUUUGCUUGGUACAUUGAUUUUCACUUUUUGACUAUUUUUGGUUUGUUUUGUGGGUUUUUGUCUUUGCUGGCUAAGUGUGUUUCUCAGAGACAGUGGAUGUACCUUGCUUUAUUAAGUCCAUCAGUUAUUCUGUGGGGUUUUUUAUUGUUUAAUUGAGAUCAUUUGCACUUAAGAUUAUUUCCUGUGAUUUUGUUAGUUGAUUUUCUGGUUGGUUAGAUUAAUAGUAUUUCUGGUCUUCCCUCUCUGUUAGCAUGAGGGGUUUCUGGUUUGUUGUGCUGUACCUUAUUACUUCCUUCCCAACUCUUUUUGAUCACUCAUGGAAUAUAUUCUUUUCUGUGUUCUGUAGAUGAGACUUUGUUUUUCUUACAUAUAUAGUAUUCAUUUAAGAUUUUUCUGUGAUACUGCUUGGUUGUUACUAAUUGCCUUAAUUUUCCAUCAGUUUAAAAUUUUGUUGACAAUCAUUUACUUCCAGAGCUUGAAAUAUAUAAUUCCAUACAUUCCUGGCUUCAUGUUUCUUAUAAAUGAUAUGAUGUUAUUAUGAUGCUUCUCCCUUUGUAUAUGAGCUGGAAUUUUUCUCUCAUCUUUUAGCCUUUGCUUUGUGGUUAUGACAUUUGUGGCUAUGGUAUGUUGUGGAGAAUUUCUCUGGUUACAGCUAUCUGGGUUUCUAAAGGCCUUUUGUGUUUAGAUGUUAAUUUCUUUCUCUAAUUUUAGAGAAAUUUCUUUUAUAAGUUAAUUGAAUAAAUUGUCUCUGACUUUUGACUUUAUCUCAGCUCCUACUACUUCAUUAAUUCUUAGAUUUCUGUCUUUUGAAUGUGCCCCAGACUUUUGGGGAUCAUUGGUUGUUUGUUUUAAUCGUUAUAUGUGUCUGAAUGAAGUAUUGUCUCAGCUUAGUCUUCCCCCCUGAAAUUCAUUUUCCUAAUUGCUCCUGUCUGGUAGCGACGCUUUCUGAUGUGAUUUUGACUUGAUUGCUUCUUUCACUCCCAGAAAUUUUAGUUGGUUCUUCUCUGAUGUUUGUGCAUCCUUGCUGAAUAUUUCCUCCAUGUUUUAAAAUUUCUUAUUGAAAUAAACUGUUUCUACAACGAAAAUAUAAUUUUACAAACAGAUGAGUACUGAAGGUGGAAGGACUAGUUUUGCUCAGAGGUCAAGAGGGGGGAGAUAUUACAGAGAAAAUGACAAUUUGUAUGGGCCCAAAACAUGUACAAAUUUUUAAAGGGAGUUUUAAAUAUAUGUAUGUAUAUAUCGCAUUGUGUCUGUAUGCACAAAUCCAUGCCGUGCCUGCAGAGGACAGAAGAAGGCGUCAGAUCCCCUGGAGCUGGAGUUACAGAGUUACAGGGUAGCUGUGAGGCACCCAAUGUGGGUGCUGAGAACUAAGCUCCAGCCUUCUGCAAGAGCAGCAAGCACUCUAUCUACCUAGUCAUCUCUCUAGCCCCAUGUACAGAUUUUCGACAAAGUACAGUCACAGAGGGGAGAGAAAACAGGAACCAGGAAAUGAAACUGAAAGUGUAUAACUUCCCCCAACAGUGUAAGCAGGGCACUAGACGAAUAGCACAGAAAUAGAAUAGGAAGGAUCUCAUAUCAUGAAGAAAAUUUGCAGUUUACUUUUUUCGCCACAAGUAGGCAUCAAAAUAGAGGAUUUCCUCACGCCACAGCAUCCUGUUUAAUGAGAUGGACUCAGAGUGUGACUGACCAAAGAAGAGAGAUUGAAUAGAAAAUAGAAGCAGUGAGGAUAUUUUGUUUGUUUGUUUUCCAAGACAGGGUUUCUCUGUGUAGCUGGCUCUCCUGGAACUCGCUCUGUAGACCAGGUUGGCCUCGAACUCACAGAGAUCCACCUGCCUCUGCCUUCUGAGUGCUGGGAUUAAAGGCGUGGCGCCACCCCACCUAGCUUAGUUAGGAUAUUUUUUU